GCAUCUCUAUGAACUUCCGAGCCUACCUAAGAAUCAGCCCUCUUUUAUUUUAACCCUUCGAGUCUCUCGUUCAAAAAAGAGCAACCUUUUCUUUACCUUCAUUGCAGAGAGGAGGAGGGAAUGCCAGAAUGAGCCCCCGCAUUCACACACCUUCGAAUGUAUUCAACCUAUAGGAAAGAAAUCCCACUGAGCGCCAACGGGGUAAGGUCCCCGGCAAGCGUGCUUAAGAUCGCAGCUUUUCUUGUUCAUUAGGAGAAGCCGGAGGCCUCACCUGGGACUGGACAGUUGUAGGUGAGUGAAGGUGGACGGUGUGUCUGAGUAAGCUUUGGUUCAGCCUAGGCUCCUGGGGUGCACAUAGCAUCAUGGAUGGAAUUCUGUGGCGCCUUGCUGUCGCCUUGCUGUAAUUACUGUUACGAAGUCAAGAUGCUUUCCACUACAUCUGCUGAAAAGGGGAUGGAGAGACAGAGCUGAGCUAGGAUCAUCCUUUACAAAGAGGGGGGAGGAAAAUGGCUACAGAGGAAGCAGCAGAAUUCUCGGCCCUGGAUCUUCACAGGGUGGUUGUCGAUGAGGAAUUGAAGCCAGAAAUUAAAAUGGAGAGGCCAGAGUUGGAACACGGGAGAGUGCAGCAAAGAACUGGGGACGACUGCCUGGCCAAUGAGGUGGAGACGGUUAUUGUUCCGGGUCUAACAGCGGCAGCACGGUGCAUUAAACAAGAAGUGGGCGAGGGGCCAUCAUCUCGGCGGUGGAAUGAUAUGUGGCAAGAUUACCUGAGCACCUCACAGUCCCCUCCAUCGGGGCAGGGAAGCCUAGAGCCACCAGAGACUGGGCUGAGGGAUGAUGCUCAGGAUGCCCUUUCACACACUGAAGGAGCAGCGGCCACCACACAGUGGGCGAAAGGCGGGAAAAGGAACAGGCUUGGAAAGAGACAUACAAGGACGGCCCGAGAGACCCAGAGUGUGAACAGUGAGAGCGGGAGUGGCGGUGAACAGGCCAGUGAGACUGAGGCCGCAGAGGAGUCGGUCAGUCCUGAAUGCCAGCGCCAGCGUUUCCGGCAGUUUGGCUAUGAGGAAGCCGAAGGCCCCUGGGAGGCCUACUGUCAGCUCCGGAAGUUUUGCCAUCAGUGGCUGGUGCCGGAGAGGCACACCAAAGAGGAGAUCCUGGAGCUGGUGAUCCUGGAGCAGUUCUUGGCCAUCCUUCCUCCAGAAAUGCUGAGCUGGAUCAGAGAGCGCGAUUCAGAGAGCUGUUUCCACGCAGUGGCCCUCGCUGAGCAUUUUCUCCUGAGGCAGCGAGAGGCUGAGAGACGGGAUCAGCAGGUGCUGGGGAUGAAACAGGAGGCAGCUGUGAAUUUCUCUGCGGGAGAGGGUUCUUCACGGGAUACGAGCCUCGGGCAGCUCUACCGGGAGGUCAAGGAGGAGGAGGAAGAGACCAGUGUACUAGUAGAUGAUGAAAGGCAGGAUGAAAAUGAUGGGAUGCCACUAGAAGGAGAAAACUGUCAGGACUUUGAAGGAACUAUUUCAAAACAAGCGGAGCCAAAGGAAUGUGAAUCGGAAGAGCAUAAGAAUGAAUUAAUUGCUGCUCAGGGUGAAACAGCAGUCGAACCAUCGAUACACAAAGGAAAGAGACCGAGUGAUAGAUUGUUCCACGGCCUCAAUAGGCAUCAAAGAACCGACACAGGACAGGAACUAUAUGACUGCUCAGAUUGUGGCAAAGUGUUUAUUUCCAGAGCUGGCUUUAUCAUGCAUAUCAGAAUCCAUGGCCGAGAGAAGCCGUACGAAUGCUCAGACUGCGGCAAAAACUUCAGACGGAGCUCCCACCUCAAUAGCCAUAGCAAAAUCCAUGCAGGAGUGAAGCCGUUCAAAUGCUCGCACUGCGGGAAGGGGUUCAGCCGGGCCUCAAACCUUCUUUCGCAUCAGAGAAUGCACACAGGUGAGAAGCCGUAUUCUUGCUCUUCCUGUAGCAAACAGUUUUGUGACAAAUCGAGUCUGGUUAGACACGAGAGGCUUCAUACCGGAGACAGGCCGUAUAAAUGCACUGUAUGUGGGAAAAGCUUCAGCCAGAGCCAUCAUCUCAUUACACACCAGAGAAGCCACACAGGCGAGAAACCGUACCAAUGCCUGCUCUGCAACAAAAGCUUUUGCGAUCGAUCAACUUACAUUAGACAUCAGAAAAAUCACAUGGGAGAGAAAACAUUUAAGUGCUCUGAGUGUGGGGAAAGUUUCAGCCGGAACAAGCACCUCAUUAGGCAUCAGAGCAUUCAUACGGCCAGGGAGCUGUAUACGUGUUCAGACUGUGGCGAAAGCUUUUGCCGCAGAUCAGGCCUAAAGAUGCACCAGAAAAUCCACACCGGGGAGAAACCAUUUGAAUGCCCAGAUUGUGGGAAGAAAUUCAAUCGCAGCACAAACCUUGUCAGCCAUCAGAGAAUCCACACUGGAGAGAGACCCUAUGGAUGCCUUGAGUGCGGAAAAAGGUUCAAUCGUAGGACACACCUUGUUAGCCAUCAGAAGAUCCACGGGCAACGGAAAGAAAUUCCAGAAAUGGUUAAAACAGAAGAAGAGCUUCCAUCUGACGAAGGAUAUGUGCACCCAUCUUUUAUCAUCACAAGAACCUUGUGAGGGUUGGAUCUGAAGAGACUGAAGAUCACGGAGGUGGUUGCUAAACCGAAUCAGGACCUGAUCAUAUCUGCUUGUAGAGUGGAUUGUGCUUUCCAGUGGAAAUCGGAGGAGUUGCUGGUACACUUGCUCAGCCAGCGUGAUCCUUUUCCCCUUGUGUUUAUAUCUCUCCCCUGCCGCCCUUCUCUCCCGUGUGAAUGUGCUCCAUCUUCCCCAUACCUUUUUUUUUUUUUAAAGUAUGCAUCUCUUCAUACCAAUUGUGCUGUUUAAAAGAAAAAUAGAAGAAAGAGUUGGAGGCUAAUGAGUUAGGUGUUUAUAGGCAUAUGUAGCUGCAAUCCUGUGGGGAUCCAUAGUGGGUUUUGAAUUAACAUGCAUAGACUGUAAAAAUGGACUUUAUGGUGAUAGGGUGGUUACUUUUGUAAGGGAGUGGAAUUAGAUUCUUGAUUAUUUUGGUGUGUUUUUGAUGUUCUUUUUAUAGCAGAAAUGAAAGGGAUAAGUGGGGUGGUAGGGGGAAUUAGUGAUCAGCUGGAUCAAAAUAAUUUGAUUCAUUAAUUAAAAUGGGUUCCAAUAUAGUCAUGGAGGAUGGGCUGAUCAAUAGCUGUUAUUCAAGACAAUAGAGACUUGUGGAAUGUUCCUGUUCAGCAUUGCAGCCCUCUCCCCAACAGGCACUUAGCAUUUUGUUGUUACUGAGCAUGCUCAGUCCUUAUUGGGCUGUUCUGAGGUUUUUGUUUUCUUUUGGGUUUUUUUAACUUUUGCAAACCUUGGGCUCCCCCCCCCUCCCCGAGCAUGCCAAUACCUCCUUUUCUUUCACAGUGGUCCUCUUAUGGAUGCAUAGCUCUGAGUCCUUGGCCCUGAGCUUGCUAUUAGAGGUACUACUCACUAAGUGGAGCCUCCCUGUUUAGAAGCAGUAUACCUCUGAAUAGCUGUUGCUGAUAAUCAGCAGCAAGGAGGGGCUGUUGCCUUUGUGUCCGUCGUCCUCCUUGGCUUCCCAGCGGAGCUAUUCUUGCAAGAAUAUGGAACACCUGGUUGCACGCACAAAGAAAUGCUGCAUAGGCUUGUGGGGAAAGAAAAUGAUGAUAAAAACUGGCAGCAGUGAUGGACAGAAUAUAUCAGAGUUGCUGCUCUAAGGAUGAUGUAACCCCUUCAAAAAGGAAUCUGCUAUUGCCUUUGCUUUGUUAUUCUUCAGUUACUUAAAUUUCCCUGAUCUUUUAACUAAAAAUAAACUGAGUUUUUUUAAAAAAAGAA